GGACAUCGAGGGGUGUCAGCUCUGUGUCCUGCGCAGCGAUGGGGACCGGUGGGAUGCCGGGGCCCAGGAGCCGCUGGGCUGGGGCUGUGCUGGUGGCACUGGUGGUGCUGGGAACCCACAUGGCUCAUUGCAUGGAGCCCCCAGAGCAUUUCCUGUACCAGGACAAGCACGAGUGUCUCUACACCAACAGCACCCAGCGCGUGAGGUAUGUGAACAGGUACGUCUGGAACCAGCAGGACUAUGUUCACUUCGACAGUGACGUGGGCGUGUUUGUGGCUGACACGGAGCUGGGGGAGCCUACCGCCACGUGCUGGAACAGCCAGAAGGAGGAGCUGGAGUACAGACGGGGCUUAGUGGACAGGUUCUGCCGACACAACUACGGGAUGUUUGAGCGAGGCCACGUGAUCAGCCGCAGUGGUGAGUCCCUUGAGGUCUGGGCCUGGGGUCUGGGUGAGUCCCUGGUGUCUGGGGCCGUUGCUGGCUCAUUCUCUCCAUCUCUUUCCCUGUCAGUGAAUCCCAAGGUGAAAGCCUCCCCAACAAAAUCAGGGGCCCAGGCCCACCCAGACACACUGAUCUGCUCCGUGACGGGGUUUUACCCCGGCGGGAUCGAGGUGAAAUGGUUGAAGAACAGGCAGGAGCAGACAGUCACAGUGGUAUCCACGGAGCUGAUGCAGAACGGAGACUGGACCUUCCAGAUCCUGGUGAUGCUGGAAAUGACCCCCCGGAGCGGGGACGUCUACACCUGCCAGGUGAAGCACAGCAGCCUGCCGGGCCCCCUCACCGUGCUCUGGGAGGCGCAGUCAGACUCGGCCAGGAGCAAGAUGCUGACGGGGGUCGGGGGCUUUGUGCUGGGGCUGAUCUUCCUGGCUCUGGGACUGCUCGUCUACCUGAGGAACAAGAAAGGCCGCCCCGUUCCCCAGCCAACAGGGCUCCUCAGUUAGAUCCUGCAGCUUCGGGG